GCAAGAAAGAAGGAAACGGCGACACCAUGUGCGAGGUCAAAUGCGACACCAAAUGUGGCGCCAUGGAGGUCAAAGACAAGUUCAACAAUCUUUUUUGAGUAGCUUGAAUUGAUAGAGGAAGCUAAGGAUGGAGCACAUACAAGGGCCCACUGCACACAUAUUUUUAUUUAUCAAAAAUAAAUUUUAGAGGACGACUAAUAAAGAUAAUAGAAAUAUAGCCAUGUAGAUUAAUAUUAGGGAUGCCCCUUCCAAACAACCCCACAGACUCUCCUUUCUCUUUCUAUGUGUGUAUAUAUACCCCACCCCCACUUACGCUCACCCAUCUCUCACACACUACAAUCCUCGUCACCAUCACAAGUCAUAUAACAAUGGGAAGAAAAACAUCCCCGUCACUUGCUCUCAUCACCAUCGCCGUCUUUCUUGUUUCGGCCGCCGCGGCGGCGGCCAGAGACCCCGAGCUAGAGAUAUGCCGCCAGCAGUGCAAAAUCCAGACCGCGUUCGACAAGGGCCAGAGGGAAUCGUGCUACACCAAGUGCGAGCUGUACAGCCGGGAGAAAGCUAGGCGGGAGCAGGAGGAGGAGGAGGAGGAAGGCCGCCGGAGUUCCGAGGAACGGGAGGACGACAGUCCCUUCGUCUUCCGGCCUCGUCACUUCCUCACCGCUCACUCCUCCGAACGCGGCCGCCUCUCGGUCCUUCAGAGGUUUUCCGAGCGCUCGUCGGAUAUCUUCCAAGUCAUCGAGCCUUUCCGGCUCGGUGUUUUGGAAGUAGAACCCAAAACUUUCGCCAUUCCCAACCACCUCGAUGCCGACUUGCUCUGUGUUGUUGCCAGUGGGAAGGGAAUUGUGAACAUGAUUGAGGAGAACAAGAGGGUGAACUUUAACAUCACUGAGGGUGAGAUGGUCGUGAUCCCGGCCGGUGCCACUACAUACCUAAUCAACCCCGAGGACGAUCGGAAGCUCGUCGUGGUCAAGCUGAUCCGAACCAUUUCCGCGCAGCCGGGUCGCUUCGAGUACUUCUUUGGGUCAAUGGUGAUGAAUGCCUUCAGCUCGAGCAUAAGGGAGGCUGCGUAUAGUGACGCAGACCGGGAGACAUUGGAAAAGGUCCUGAACAGAUCAGGGAGGAAACAGGACCCUUUCCUCGCGAUAUCUAACGAACAGAUCGAGUCAAUUAUUCGACGACAAGAAGACGAGGACGGUAUCGGCUGGCCUUUCGUUGCCGAUAAAUCUUCCAAGAGAAGAAGAAUUGUUGAUAUCUUGGAACACAAGAGCAUCUCCAACAAAUUUGGUGAACUCUAUGAAGUUGGUAAUGAGGAAUUUGAUGACGUCCAAAUUUCUUUUGCCAACAUUACUAAAGGUGGAAUGCUAGGCCCUCUCUUCAACACAAGAGGUACAAAGCUAAUGUUUGUGGUGGAGGGAGAGGGAUGGAUGGAGAUGGCCACGGCCGACGAAUCAAGGCGGUCCCCACGCCGCGGCAGUUCGUCGGAGAGAGGCCCGAGCUUCGAGGGGGUACGAGCCCGUCUUUUCCCGGGGACGGUGGUGAUAACCCCGGCAGGGCAUCCGUACGCUAACGUGGCAAGCAGAGCACGAAACCUGAAGCUCCUCUGCUUCCACGUCAACGCCCGGAACAACGAGAAAGUCGCCCUCGCCGGAAAGGACAACGUCUUCACCAGGCUGGAUAGGGUAGCGGAGGAGAUCGCAUUCGGCGGCAGCCGGAAGGAGGUGGAGCAGGUCUUCGGAAGCAACAGCGAUUACCAGCUGUUCUUCAAGGGGCCGAGCAGGGAGCCGGAGGAAGACGGCGGUCACGCGGCGGUGUAGAGUGAACUUGUUCUUCGUAGUGCAUGCAUGGGCCUGCAUGCAGGUGUAAUCGUGUUUAAUUUUAAAAAAAAUGAAAAUGAUGAAUAAGG